AAUGGCUGCUACCUCCAUCCUCGACAUCCCCCAGGAACUGACGGAGCACGCUCUCGUUCAUGCAGAGCCCAGCGACAUCGCAAGCUUCGCUCAGACAUGUCGAAAGGCCCGCGCUCUCGUUUACGAGCAGCCCGACCAGCACCUUUGGCGCCGACUCUUUCUGAAGCAUCCAUUCGACGACCCACGGCAAUUUUCCCGUCCACACUCUUCCCUUCUUUCUGACUCUGGUUCUGGCUCUGGUCCGAGCCCCGGCUCAUGCUCUAUUAACUGGAAGCAGGCUCUCCAGCAACGCGUCUAUGCAAGGCGCAUCAUUCAAAAAAUGACCAGCCAUCCUCCGGAACUCGCAACUGCACUCUCUGCUCUCAUCUCAGUCGCAAGGAAUGUACCACCGAUGUCGGAUCAACCCGACGAAUCAAAAGACCUCGUCUGGCUCAAUAAUCUUGCUCGCGAACACAAUGUAUUCGGCUUAGGCGGCUCCUCUGACUACAAAUGGACUUCUGAAGAGGAGCAGCGCAUAGCCGAACUGUGGAGUCUCAUCGGAUGGCGUGACAGCGUACUCAGCAGAGCCGCCGAAGAUCUUCUGCAAAACCGGAACCGUGAACGGGUAUUUGUGUACGAUAUGCGCAACUAUAUGCGCGAGAACCACUGGGGGCCAUUCAUGGCGGAUAAUAGCGGCUGCGUCAAUUGGAAACACAUUAAAGCAAUCAUAGUCGUCAUCUACAGCAAUACCAUAGACCUCGGUGGGUCAUGGCUAGAAGCACGUCCUCCGUCGCAUCUAGAUGCUGUCCGCGUAUACUCUGCGCCUAAUCAUCAUACACGCGAUCCACGGGAUUGGGCGGGUGUGGAAGGAACAUGGCGUCUGUACGUAUGCUUCCUGGACUAUGGUGAUCUGUUCACCUUCAAUUAUACAGCGGAAGCGCAUGACCCGUCUUUAUUUGAAAGCUAUGGAUUCCAAGAAGUAGCACAUCCUGUCGAGCUCAAACUAAGUACAACUGGUUUCGGCGAAAAGAAUGACAUGUCGACACGCUCCUUCUCUGCACCUCCUUCGACCUUACUGUCCUCUGCCACGGGUGGCUCAUUUUCCGUUGGAUCUGGUCCGGACAGUAUUAUGAAUCAACAUCUAGCAAUCCACUUUGCUGGCAAGUCGCUCAGUGCAAAUGGCAACGAAUCACGAUUGCGCGGAACUGUGCGCAUGACAUCCGAGGGACACAUCCUUUGGCGAUUCACAAGUGACGACGGUCAAGCGCAGUGGAGUUCGGAGGGGGUUCAAAUCGGCGGUGUAUGCAGUGCCGCGGGCGUCGUCGGCAUAUGGACAGGAGCGCAUCACGAAGAAGGUGACCCUGCUGGUCCGUGCUGGUUGUGGAAGGUCAAGGAUGACCACGCGAGUCAUCAACAUAGUUCUUAAUGUCCAUGGUACUGAGAAUUAUCUCUGGAGAGAGCGUUCGAAUCUUCAUUGAUUUUGUCGCUGGCGAUAACAAUUGACUGGAAGGCAUGUGUCUUUUCUCCCUCUUAUCAUCCUGUUUCAUCUUUCUCUUGUGUCUUGGAUACAUACACAACUCUAGAACUAGGUAUGGCUUUGAUUACAACUUGUUGGUGAUAGAUUGCGAUUAAUUACGGCGUGGUAGAUUAUUUUCUUUCUCUUGCAAUAACUUUGCUUUGGUACAUCAAUUGUGCUAAUUUUAUAUAUUAUUUUGUAAAUACUAGAGAAUGUU